GCCGCCCCGCGCUUCUGCCCGGCCUGCCGCGCCCUGCAGCCCCCGGAGAGCGGCGCCGACCUCUUCCGCCUGCUGGGAUGGCGGAGCGGGACUUCUCGGCGCAGCACUCGGCCCUGGUGAACGCGGCCUACCGCACCUUGCGCAGCCCCCUCAGCCGCGGCCUCUACCUGCUGGAGUUAAACGGGGUAGAACUGGAGAAAGGGACAGACAGCCAGGAGGAUCCUGAGUUCCUCUCAGAAAUCAUGGAGAUGAACGAGAAACUGGCAGAAACUAACAGUGAAGAAGGUGCAAGAGAAGAGAUGGAGAACUACAUCGCAGCAAAACAAGAGGAGCUGACCAAAGAUGUGAGCCAAGCCUUUGACCAAGAUGAUCUUCAGAAAGCAAAAAAAGUUUUGGCCAAAAUGAAAUAUUUUGCCAACCUGGAAGAAACGGUGAAGAGGAAAAAGGUCCCUUCCUAGCAUCGGAUGAUUACGCGUGACGGGCGUUUGCCAUUUUAGUAUUUCCCAGUAAAGAAGCUGCAAGCAGUAAAGCCAUUUUGUGUCGCUCUUGGUUUUUCUGCUCCUGAUAAAAUACAAAGAGCCCUCCUGGAUAAGACCACCAGCCCAGCAUCCUGCUUCCAGCCAGGGCCUCCAAGCAGUGCUAGAAGCUGAUCCUCCCUCACCCCCCACCCACUGCCCCUCUGACAACUGCGGUGCGGGGCAUGCUGUGUUUAAACCUGGAGGGUCCCCAGUUGGACACUGCGGGUAAUAGCCAUGGACAGGCCCAAGAGGGAGGGGAGUCUGGAGUGGAGGAAGCCCACUCUGGUUCAUGAAGGCAUAUGGUGGAAUAAAAUGUGUUUAAGGUGC